AUGCUAUUGUGCAAAGGAGUAAACUUCAUGAGAUUUUAUUUUGUUACAGUGUUUGUAUUAACAUUUGUAUGUUGCAAUCAUGCUGAUACAAGGUCUAGUAAUAAAACAAUUAAAGCAAUGAUUAUCCAAGAAAUUAUGAAAAAAGUAUCUAACUUAACAAUAAACGCUUUAUCUAAAGCUCCUCAUGAAAAAAAGGAAGACAUUUUAAACAAAAUUGAAAAUAAAUUGAGGAAAUCUGCUAAAUCAAUGGGACCUGAUGCAGAAAAAUAUAUUAAGUACAUUAUGGAAGAGUUUAGAAGGAAGACGUUUAAUAAAAACAAAAACCAUGACAAGACAGCUUCUGAAAUUAUAAGAAAAAGUGUUCACGUACGAACCAAAGAAGUGCCAACAUUACGAAUUGGAAUAGACAAAGAAGGAAAAAAAGAAGUCAUAAAAGAAAUAGCAAGUAAAAUUGAGUUUCUUGCGAAAAGCUAUCUGAAAGAUGCUAAAACACCUGAGGGUAAGAAACAGGUAUUGGAAAAAAUUAAGAAAAGAAUAAUGGAUUCCGCUAUGCAAAAACACAUCAUGCUUCACAACAGACAUGACGAACUCAAGACAUAUAGUAAUCUUAUAGCAAGAGGUCUCGAUUUAUCCAUUCAAAAACUGCUUGGACAAGAAAUAGACGGAAGACGUAUGGUUAUUAAGUCGUUAAAGGAUAUAAACGAACCGACUACGGAGAACCAAAAGCGUGAAACAAAAAAAGAAGACCCGGUAAAUGAUGUCGAAUCGAAUAUAGAAGAAAUUAACAAAUAUAAAAAGUUAAUAUCUCAUUCGUUAAAUGAUACUUCCAUAGACCCACGCUGUAAUGAUAUUAUAGAGGAUACUUGUCUUAGUAUUCAAUCUUUUAACAAAUAUUCCUGUGAUGACCAUAAAAGUAUACCCAUUGUAUAUCUAUGCAACGGCGUUGUUGACUGUUUGGACAAAAGUGACGAAAAUAACUGCACGGCCAAAGCAAUGGAAAAGAUCCGCAAAGCCGCUGCUGUAAUGACAGAUAUAGAAGCCUCGAUUAAUCGAAAAUGCUUUGCAUCAACAAAUACUUACCUUUUAUCGUCACACAAUCAAAUAUUGCGAGAUUUAUUGAAAACGGAAAUGGAAAUGAUAGUAAAAAAAAUUCCAGCCAAUCCAAAGCCAUCCGAUUCUGCGACAGAAAAACCAAAUGAAAAUGAAGUGUUUAUACUAAAGAGAGUAAACGACGUGAAUGCGAUCCUUAGUACUUUGUCAUACGCUCUAGAUGGUACACUUUGUGCACACACUAAGAUAGAUCCAGAUCAAUACUUCACCGAUUUUCGAAAAUUUAAUGAUCAAUUCGAUGAUCUUGUGGAAAGACCCCGGGACCUCGGCUGGUCACCAAAAUCAUGUUCCUGUAAAGGACAGUAUUGUAAAAACCCACAGUGUGAGGCCACAUGCAAGCGCAUAUGUUGGGAGAGAUACAGUUUGAACCAUUGGGGUUGUCAAGCCUUGAACAGUGCUACGAGUGUCUCACUAGAUACCAUUUGUGAUGGAAAACUUGACUGUUUCGAUGAAACCGAUGAGUCACAAUGCACGUCAGAUAUAGUUUCUUCCAAAUUUGGCGCUAUAAAAAAAUACAACAUAUUGUUGGAACUUUUGACAGAAAAGUCUAAAUCGUACGAGUAUCAACGCAGUCGCAACAAGGUGCUUGCAGUGCACAGUCUAGUUCGGCAAUUACAAAAACAGACCGUUAAAACCAAUUAUGACAGCCACAUUAUAAAAUCUCUAAGAGAUGAAUGUUUUCUGCAGUUGGUCUCUAUUUACGAUGACUUUAUGCAAACAGCUAGCUUAGACGAACUGGACGAGCACUAUCUUACUUUACUCUCAAUUAACGAAAAAUUGAUACAAGCUCUUAAAUUAUCUCACACUGGAAACGAGAAAAUAAUAUCACCAGAAGGGUGUUACUGUAGAGAUGGACUCUGUGCUCUGCGGAGGUGUAGCAAGAAUUGUAUCCAUGCUUGUCUAGCCGAACCUCUGCUAACCCGAUACUCAUGUAAUGUCACUAAUAUGACAAUACCUGUUGAUGCAAUUUGUAACGGAAAAGACAACUGUCCCAACGGAGAAGACGAAAAGGAUUGUAUUAAGGAUGUUUGUCGGGGACAUCAUUUAGUAUUGUUACGUCACAAUUUAAAAAAUAUAGGAGUGAAAGACAAGUCUUUCGUAAUGGCAGAAGUACUCGAGUCUUGGAAAUCUAAGGUGUCGGCCGCAAUAUACGUCGCAGAGUCUACCGAAAGACCCAAUCAUAAGAUAAUGGUUGAAGUAGUCAAUCGUGUUCUCAAAGACCUUGUGAUGGCAUUUGCGUCGAUGGAAGAGUUUAAACGAUCCAGUUCUGAGCAUGCACUAAAGGAAUUUGAAGCUAUAUCUAAAACUGUCAUGCAAGCGUUAAAGACUUGUGCUUAUUAA